UUUGAAUAUUGUAAACAAGAAAGAACACGAACACACCCGGAGAAAACUUUGUUGUAAAUUUGAAGUAUCUAGGGUACUUUUUAAGAAAAUCCGGCUUGAUAGCGUGACAUUUGACAAGAUGACGCUAACAAUAGAACAAGUGAUGGCUGAUGCCAAGAAGUUAGUGGACAGACUGAAAGAACAUGACAGUGCUGCUGAUACUCUAAUUGCACAGUCAGAGACACUCAAUAAAAGGGUAGACGCAAUGAAACAGUACCAAGACGAUUUAGCCGAGAUGAAUGAUGCCGCGAGACACCGACCAAGAUCUGCUUUAGUCUUAGGUAUACAGCAGGAAAAUCGACAAAUUCGAGAACUUCAGCAGGAGAACAAGGAACUGAGGACAGCGCUGGAAGAGCACCAGUCUGCUCUGGAGUUAAUAAUGAGUAAAUACAGAGAACAGGUUUUGAAAUUAAUGCUCGCUAAUAAUUGGGACAAAGCAAGUCUAAAUGUUCAUCAAGAGAACUCUAAGGAGCUACAACACAUGACAGAAAAAAUUUGUGAAAUGGCUGCAGUGAUGACUUAUGCCAUGAAUAUGGAUGAUGAAUCCGUUGCUAUGGAAACAGAACUGCUUACUAGGCUACAGGUGGAAAACAAGGGACUGAGGGAAGUACUUGGGAUCAGUCGACGAUUUAACCACAAGACAAACAUUAUUAAUCAAACAUCAUCAGACAAUCUUGUUACUAAAAGUGGGUCAAUUGAAAAAGAAAUUGUAAAUGACAGUCAAGUUGAUAUUGAGGAGAAAGGAAGAGAAAGUGAAAGUACUGAGGAUGAUUCUGAACAUUCACAAGAUGAGGGGGUUGAUGUUGUCAUGAAAAUAAAGGAUGUGAAAAGAAAUGAUGAGGGAAAAGACAAAGAUGAAAAAGAAGAUAUUACGAAGGAAAAAGACGAAAUGAAGGUGGUUUGUUCUAAUGCUGGGGAAAUAAAGGAGGACUAUUCUAAUGAUGAAAAAACAGAAGAGAAACCUUUCAAAGAUAAAGAAACAAAAGAAUCUUCCAAAGAUGGAGAAACAAAGGAGGAGUCUUCUAAAGAUGGAGAAACAAAGGAGAAAUCUUCCGAAGAUGGAGAAACAAAGGAGGAAUCUUCUAAAGAUGGAGAAACAAAGGAGAAAUCUUCUAAAGAUGGAGAAACAAAGGAGAAAUUUUCCAAAGAUGGAGAAACAAAGGAGGAAUCUUCUAAAGAUGGAGAAACAAAGGAGGAAUCUUCUAAAGAUGGAGAAAUGGAGGAGGAUGCUGAUAAUAAAAAUGAAAAAGAAACAGAAGAGCAAUGUCAUAAAAAAGACAAUAAGAUUGAAAUGAGUGAUAGUUUGGACAAGAAUGAUAAAAAAGAUGAAGAAAGUGAUGAUACAGAUACUCCCAAGUGUUGA